AUUCUCUUUGAUUUUUUUCCAAGAUUAAUUAUUAUUCCCUGGUUUAAUGCAUUUGAUUUAAUCAGCUAGGAUUGCUUCCUCAUGACUUCGAACAAGUUGCUUUGAUUUUGUAGGAGAUUACUUCAUGAUGAUUCAAGAGGAGUUGGUGAGGUGUUGAAUGAAACAGUUUGUCUUCAUGAUAAAUGCGAGGGUUUAACUACCCAUUUUGCAAGGUCUGAUUCUAAUCUGGCUUGAGCCCUGGGUGAGCACGUUACAUUUUGGUUCAUGCGGCCAGAAACUGCACAGGGCAUAUUUGUUAACUUCAAAGACUUGUACUAUUACAAUGGGAACAAGCUUCCUUUUGCUGCUGCUCAAAUUGGCCAGGCUUUCAGAAAUGAGAAUCAAUCAUGGUUGGGUUCCCUUAUCAACACUAUAGUUGGAAAUUUGAAACUCUCAAUUUCAAAUAUUCAUAUCAGAUACGAGGACAGUGAAAGGUGUGACCUUGGAGAAACUCUUAGCUUCCUUCUGAGUGGGUCCAGGUUUUUAGAUAUGGCACUGAAGAAGGCAAACCUGCUGAUAGAAUUGUCAAACAGCACACUUAUAUUCUGGAACCAAUUACAGGAAAUGCAAAGUAUAUUCUGGAUGAUGUCAUUCUCUGUUUAUCAAAGUAUCUUGUUGUUGCAGGAUGGAUACAAAGAUAUGUUAAAACUAGCUGAUAAGUUUUCUGCCUUUAAUCAACGCUUAAAAUAUGCGCAUUUUCGUCCACAUGUUUCCGUGAAAUCUGAUCCUCAUUCUUGGUGGAAGUAUGCUUAUAGAGCUGUAUCUGACAAAGUGAAGAAGGGAAGAUUGAUGUAGGCAUUGGAUCUUCAUCAUUUGCAAAAUCACAGGGCCCGGAAUGACUCAUUGAUAGUGGAUGUUUGCCAGGGUCAAUAUAAGUCGACACUGGUUUGCCCAGCAUGUGGAAAGAUUUCAAUCACUUUUGAUCCCUUCAUGUAUUUGUCGUUGCCGCUACCUUCAACUACAACUCGGCAAAUAACCGUGACUGUGUUUUACGGCGAUGGAAGUGGUCUUCCUAUGCUAUACACUGUUAGUUUGCUAAAGCAAGGUUGCUGUAAAGAUCUUAGAGAACAACUAAGUAAUGCUUGUUGCUUGUUGCUUGAAUGCUGAUGAGAUUCUUCUGCUUGCAGAGGUUUAUGAACAUAAGAUUUUUCGAUAUUUGGAAAACCCCUCAGAUCUAUUGGCUCCAAUUAAGGAGGAUGACCACUUAUAGACUUUCUAAAAACGUUGUGGGAAGA